AUAAGAUCUCGGUGAUAAUAAUGAGUAAAAAGGUACCCAAAGUAAAAGAAACGAAAUUGUAAAGUUGCAGCAAUGUCUACCACUAAAGUUUACAUAGUGUUUUACUCUUUAUAUGGGCAUGUGGAAACUAUGGCUAGAGAAGUUCACAGAGGAGCUGCUUCUGUUGAUGGUGUUGAAGCUUCAUUGUGGCAGGUACCUGAGACACUUCCAGAAAGGGUAUUGGAAAAGAUGAAGGCUCCUUCAAAACCAAAUGAUGUAGAAGUAAUUAAACCAGAACAAUUGGUGGAUGCAGAUGGCUUACUUUUUGGGUUUCCUUCUCGAUUUGGAAUGAUGCCUGCUCAAUUUAUAGCGUUUUUUGAAGCUACACAUGAGUUAUGGGCAUCUCAAUCACUUGCUGGUAAACCUGCCAGCAUCUUUUGGAGCACUGGCUUCUAUGGUGGAGGCCAAGAGAACUCUGCUUUGACAGCGGUAACACAAUUGUCACACCAUGGUAUGCUAUAUGUUCCUCUGGGAUACACCUUCGGGGAUGGCAUGUUUGAGAUGAGCGAGGUUAAGGGUGGGUCUUCGUAUGGGGCAGGAACAUUCGCAGGAGAUGGAUCUCGUCAGCCAACUGAGCUAGAGCUUCGGCAGGCAUUUUACCAAGGAAAGUAUGUUGCUGAAAUAGCCAAGAAGCUCAAGAACUAAACCACUCUUUGCUGUGAUCGGCGUCUCCUUGGUCAUCAUCGUACAUAGAUAAACAACGAGAAACACUAAAUGUAAACUUACAAACUCCAAUUUCAUAUUUGUACUUAAGCAUAAAUCAGCACAGGUUGGUGUAGUUGAUAAGGGAAUACACCUUGUGGCUCUAACUCUCUAGUCUCGACAACUAAGGUACUCGGGUGCGAUUCUAUAUUAUCCGAGGGAAAUGUGUAUUGGAAUGUGCUGAACUAUACCAAUACUAUAAUAAAGAUCAAAAUCUUCCAUUUGAUGCAGCA